AUGAGCGUCGGAGCCCCAGCCGGGGCGGCUGCAGGAGCGCCCGGCGCCCUUCAGGCGCUCGCAGCUCAGCUUCCGCUGGCGGCGCUCUUGGAGGAGACGCUGGCUGCCAACCCCGCGGCCAUUCGCUGCGCAGAAGAAGAGCUGCAAAGACGCAGCGGCACCGAGGCGUUCGCCAAAGACCUUCUCCUCCUCCUCGUCGGGGCAGACGCGUCGCCUGCUGCGAAACAGGCUGGUGCGAUCUACUUCAAGAACUACAUUCGGCGGCUGUGGGACGUGGACCCGCAGCAGGGCGGCAUCAGCGAGGCGAAUCGAGUGUUGGUGAAGGAGCAUCUGUUGUGCCUGUUGCUCGCGCCGUCGACUGAGAAGCGCGUGCAAAUGCAACUCGCGGAUGCCUUGGCGCGGAUUGCGGAGACCGACUUGCCGCUGGACUGGCCAACGCUUCUCCCCGAGUUGAGUCAGAAGCACUUGGUUCCCACGGUGGCUUCGCUCCAGCAGAGUCCGUCUGCCGCUGAGCAGAAGGCGCUGCUCCAGCAGCAAGUCGCCGCCCUGGAGAUCCUCCACGCAGUCCUCAAAAAGUACCGGUCGGCCCUCCGCUCGGACGACGUGCUGCUCGAGCUCCAGCAAGUGCUGCCUGCGACCCAGGAGCCGCUGCUCCAGGUCUUUGGCACUGCCUUGAAACUCCUCGAAGUGGCGAUUGCAGAGAGCGGGGCGGGUGACCACAGCGCGGGCGCGGCCGUGAACGGCAGCAAGGCCGUCACGAACUGCCCCGAGCUCCUCGAGGUUCUUCUCCUCGCCUCCAAAGUCUUCUUCUCCCUCAACACUGUCGACUUGCCCGAGUUCUUCGAGGACCACCUCCGAGAUUUCAUUGGCGGCUUUGUCGUCCUCCUACGCCUUGGCCUCGCUCCCCAGCAGAUCGACCCCAGCGCAGAUGCCGACGAAGACAUCCCAGGUCUGCUCGAGAAAGUCGCGACGCAAGUGUGCAUCAACCUCAAACUCUACGCGGACAAGUAUCAGGAAGAGUUCCAGCCUUUCGUCGCCGUGUGCACGCACGCAGUGUGGGAAAACAUGCAAAAGAUCACGUCGAAACAGCGGUACGAUUUCCUGGCCGCCGCUGCGAUGGACUUCCUCAGCAGUGCCGCAUCGACCGCGUGGCAGGCACCCGAAGGCGCCCCCGAGGGGACAUCCGGAGAUCCGUUUGCGGAUGCCAAUCUCCUCAAGGAGAUAUGCGAGAAAAUCAUCGUUCCAAACGUGCAGCUGAGCGACUAUGAUAUCGAGUUGAUCGAAGACUCGCCGCUGGAGUUCACGCGGCGAGACCUCGAUGGCGGCGAGCACCACGCGACCCGGCGGAGCUCAGCCCUGGAGCUGGUGAAGAGCCUGUCAAAGUUGCACGACGAGGCGAUCACCACUCUGCUGCUGCAAAUCGUGAACGUCUUGUCCGCGCAGGCGAGCAGCCUCGGAGGCGGCGAGACGCUCCGCGGCGAGCGGCUCGUGGACGCCAGCACUUUCCUCGUCAUGGCGGUCGGCAUUCGCGGCUCCACGCGGUUCCGAGGUGUCCAGGCGGUCAACGCUCGCGUGGACGUCGAGGCCUUUUUCAAGGCUUCCCUCCUCGAAGAGCUGAAGAAACCCGACAUCAACAAGCACGUCAUUGUUCGCCUCGCCGCCAUCAAAGUCAUCGCGGCGUUCCGGAACAAAUUCGACGUCCAAUUGCUUCACGGGGUCCUUCCGCUCUUAGUCGCUCACUUGGCCUCGUCUCAAGUUAUCGUGCACACCUACGCGGCGUACGCGCUGGAGAGGCUCUUGAACACAAAGCAGAACGGGAAAUUUAAAAUCGACAAAGCCUCGGCGGCUCCUCUCCUUAAGCAGGCAACUGAGAUCCUUCUUCGUCUCCUUGAGACGACACGCAGCAGAGCGUCUACAGAUGGCCUCUUUGAGAACGAGUUCAUCAUGAGCUGUCUGUUGCGGAUUUUCAUCUUUUUGAAAGAAGACGCAAUGUCCACAGCCAUGCCAGCCCUUUCUGUCGUCCUCGCGUGCAUCCAAGCUGUCGCAGCGAAGCUGUCGAAUCCCUCCUUCUCUCAUUAUCUUUUCGAGUGUCUCGCCACUCUCGUUAAGAUCGUCAGUGCCUCGACGGAGCACCGAGCCCAGAUGGAGGCGCAGGUCAUCCCGGUCCUUAGUGUCCUCAUUCAGCAAACCCUCCAUGACUUCAUUCCAUACUGCUUCCAGGUCUUAGGACUCCUUCUGGAGACAGCAGAAGACCGAAACGCGGCGACGUCCCAGCUGUACGUUGAGCUGUAUAGACACCUGCUUCAGCCGAGUGUCUGGGCAGCUUCCCAGGGGAACGUACCGGCCCUCAUUCGCCUUAUUGGUUCCUACUGCCGGCGUCACGUCCUCUUCACUGACUUGAUCAAGGAUAACAUGCAGACACUUUUGGAGAGAUUCCAAUACUGUCUGUACCACAAGAAACUGAUGAGCGCCUCGUUUGACCUGCUCAAUACCGUUUUCAAGCUGUUGCCGUUCCCAUUCUACGCCCAGUACUUCAACAUGAUUCUCACUGUCCUCCUCAAACGGGUCCACGAACUGAACAAGCGGCAGGGGGUGUGCCGAGAUGUUUGUCUCUCUCUCAUGGUCUUCCAGUGCAAAAGUGAAGAUCCGUCAUCGCUGGUGAACGCGCUCGAAACCAUCCAGCCGAACUUGUCGCAGCAGGUCCUCUCUUUCAUUGUUCUGCCGGCGGUGGCGGCAUCGCCCACCUCCCCCCUCCGUGUGAAGAAAGUCCUGAUCCUCGGUUUGGCGCGCAUGGCCACCUGCCCGGCAGUUACUGCUAACAAGCCGCUUCUCAGUGCGACGCUGGAAGCGCUUGCCAUGCUCAUAUCCAAGAAAGAAGAGGAAGAACGAAGUGUGCAGCGAACCCAAGCAGCGACGAAAGAGCUGGCACUGGAGGAAGAGGAUGACGGCCCCGGUCUAGGAGGAGCGGGAACGGCAGCGGAGUUCGACGUGACUUACGCCCGGCUGGCUGCUGCCGACGUCGCUCAGUCGAAGGAUCUGGUGGAGGAAGUUACCGAUGUUCAAGGGAGCGUUCAGCGGUGUCUGACCCCGCUGAGAGGCGACAUUGAAGAACUGGCGAAACGGGGAGCGAACGUGAAGCCUCUACUUCCUUUCGUUUGUCUCUGA